AUGGUUCUGAUUUCCCCAUCAGUGCAUGGUCUCCAACGACUCAUCGACACUUGCCGCAUUAAUGCAGAGGAUUUUGAUAUAAUUUACAACGAAACCAAGACCCAGUGUAUGUCGCUGCUCCCGAGAUCGCUUAAGCAUAUUGCAGAACCACAAAUUUUCCUCAGAAACCAUCGGCUGGAAUUUGUGCACGAAUUUCCGUAUUUGGGUCACAUUAGCACCGACUACCUAAAAGAUACUGCUGACAUUGAACAGAGGCAUCGUAAACUAUGCGCAACCGGCAACAUGAUUGCAAGGAGGUUUGCCUUCUGUCACCGAGACGUGAAACUGCUGCUCUUCCGUAUCACUGUAGUGCACAAUGACAUUCUGAAACGCCUCACAAACACUCCCCGCUACCACUCCGCCACACAGAUGUUCAUAGAAAACCACCUGGACAAUUUAAAAAUCAUUGUAAUAGUUGGUUUGGAGACAACAUCAACCCACCUCGACCCCGGUAGCAUUUGUAGUGCUUUUGACAGCACGUAG